AUGCGGGCCAAGUACAGCAGCACAAGGGACAUGCUGGAUGACGAUGGGGACACCGUCGUGAGUGUGCAUUCUCGAGCCUCGUCUCCAAGCCAGCAGCCAGAGGCUGGACGCAAAGGGCACCGGCCUCCCUCUUCAGUUUGGCGUCCAGUGGCCCUGACCUUGCUGACUCUGUGUUUGGUGCUGCUGCUUGGCCUGUUGGCCCUGGGGCUUGUGUUUUUCCAGUUCUACCAGCUUGCCAACACUCAGCAAGACAGCAUUUCUAACAAGGAAGAAAGAUUGGCGAAUCUCUCCCGACAGCUGCAGUCUCUCCAGACAAAGAACAGGAAGCUUGCAGAAAUUCUGCAGCGCGUGGCUGAAAAACUGUGUCGUGAGCUGUAUAACAAAACUGGAGAACACAGAUGCAGCCCUUGUCCAGAAAAAUGGAAAUGGCAUGGGGACAAAUGCUACCGAUUCUGUAGAGACAGCAAGAGUUGGCAAGGCUGUGAAUAUUUCUGCCUUGCAGAGAACGCCACCAUGCUGAAGAUAAACACGCAGGAAGUGCUGGAGUUUGCCAUGCCUCAGAGCUACUCUGAGUUUUUCUACUCUUAUUGGACAGGGCUAUCCCGCAAUGGCAGCAGACAGGCGUGGCUAUGGACCGAUGGAACCCCGUAUUCCUCUGAACUGUUUGAGAUUAUAAUAGAUUUCACCAGCCUAAGAAGCAGGGACUGUGUGACCAUCCUCAAUGGGAAGGCUUUCUCAAAGGACUGCAAAGAGUUGAGGCGGUGUGCGUGUGAAAGAAGGGCUGCAGCAGUGAAGCUUGAGAGCCUCCAUUAGCCUCUCUGAGCCAUUACGUGGAGGUGAUUGACUCUUCCGCCAUAAAGGUGAUGUCAAGCUCCCUUCAGGGAAAUUGAAGAUCAGAACAAAAGUCAAUUUCUUUAUGGGCACCUGUAAUCAUUUGGUUUCAGUUCCUUUUUUUCUCCUAUUGGAGCCAUGUUUGUACAACAAGGCAGCAAAAUGAUUUGAGCCAAGCAAGGUCGUUGCAAAGGAUAUUUGAGACAUUGGGAAAUGGGAAAAAAGGAGGAAAGGCAGUUUCUCUGACAGGUACAAGAAGCACUUGCCUGUUUCCUGCUCCAGAUCGCCAGCAUUUCUGAGCUUGGGUUCAUGCAAAUGUUUAUGAGUCACAAAGAAGUCCUAUCUGCAUACCACCCACCAGUCGCAGACUUUCGUAAAGUUGUAAUCUACCUUCUUGACCUAGAGAUGCUUUCCAGCGUUCUUCCUUCUCAUCAUCUAAUAUCAUCUGCCUUUUUCCAUGUCUUCCUUAAUAUUUGGAGAAGUGAGAAACUUACUGAAGUAGAGGAAAUAAAGGUGUGUAACAUUCUUUACUCCAAAGGUCAAGUAGACCAUGAGAAAUUAGCAGUCAUUUUCUAUACAACGUUCUUAAAUACAGAACUAAUUCUUUCUGUUUCUGUUUGCUUCAGUCCAUACUUUUCCCUUCCUACUCUCUCAAUAAAGCCCCCCACCUGCCAUGUCUAGGGCUUGCUUCUCACUGGGGUAACUCUCUUUAUUAGAAUCUUAACUUCUUUUUUUUUUUUUUUCCAACGUUUAUUU